AUGGCGCAACGCAUCACCCACACAGACCCCAUAGUUAUUAUUGGAGCCGGUGUUUUUGGGCUGUCCACUGCGUGGUGGCUCGCCCGGGCAGGCUACAGUAACGUAAGGGUGCUCGACCGAUGGCAGGUCCCUUCACCUUCAUCUGCGGGCUAUGACCGCAAUAAGAUCAUUCGUACUGAAUAUGUCGACGGUCACUUCUCGAUCCUAUCGCAAGAAGCUAUUCAGCUCUGGCGCGAGCCACUCUGGAGAGACGUGUUUCAUCCUACCGGUUGGCUCUAUGGCACCGAUGGCUCUCUGGACGAGGAUAGAGCAAAAACCUUUGACACAGCCGUCGCUAAUACCCGCUCGCUGGGUGACCCCUCUCAUAUGGUGGAGCUGCCAGAUUGGGACCGCAUGUUCAAAUUGUAUCCAGCAAUGGGGUACGACCAUCACCGACGACAACGUCAGCAAGGAGUGUAUCAAGAUGAUGAUGAAAGCAAACCAGAUGCUCCUGCAACGUUCCGAGGUAUCUACAACAGCAACGCUGGUUGGGUUGAGUCCACCAACGCCAUGUUUGUUCUGAAACGCGAAUGCGAGAGACUUGGGGUGGAAUUUGUUGCAGGCGAAUCAGCAACUGCAACAGGCUUCAUCCGUGAUUCCAACGACUCCAAGACGGUCAUUGGCGUGCGCACAGCGAACAGAACAAUCUGGCACGCCAAAAAGGUCAUCGUUUCUGUAGGAGCAUACUCGGAAACGUUGCUUGAUUUCAAGGGCCAGCUGCACGCGGUGGGCUACCCCGUAACUCAUAUACGCAUGACCGAAGAACAGUAUCAGCGGUACAAAGACCUACCCGUCGUGGCCAUCACACGUAGAGGAUACCUUUUCCCUCCUAAUGAGGAUCGCAUCUUCAAGAUCUGCAAUAUGGAUAUAACCCUGGUCAAUCGUGAGCGUUGGAGUGAACCCGAGUGCGACUGGGGAGUGCGAAGCCUGCCGCGCGACCAGGCGUAUCAUCCCACUGACACACAGCCUCGGGUCGGACGCCAGAAGACGCUCGAGUUUGCAAAGUACAUCCUCCCCGAAUUUGGGGACGCUGAGGUAGAGAGCAGUAAGAUGUGCUGGGAUGUGGAAACACAUGAUGAUCACUGGAUCAUCGGUUACCAUGAAUCCGCACCGGACUCGUUGUUGAUUGCGACGGGCGGCAGUGGUUACUCAUUCAAGAAUCUCACGAAUGUUGGCAAGUACAUCGUUCAGGCCAUGGAGGGGACGUUGGAUACCAAAUGGAAGGACUAUUGGCGAUGGAGGCCAGAUCGUGUCGGUAAAUUUCCCGAGAGGGAGCAGAGGAAUGCACGGUUCAAGUACGAUUUGCGAGAUUGUGAGGGAUGGAAACACACUGCUACAAGGCUCUGA